CUGCUGACCUAAAUGACGAAAGGCGGCGUGCCAGCUGAGUGCGUGGCUGCACACUGUGGCUCAGGGGGCGCGGGGGCUGUGCCCGUGGGCAGCUGAGGGCACGUGUGGGUGGCAGCUGUUCCGAUUAGUCAAAGGGAGCGCAAGCCGGGGAGGCCGGAUCUCUCCCCCAUUAGCUUUGCCAUCGCCUGAGACUUGCAGCUCCACCUUGGGCCACUUCCAGCCAUGAAGCUCCUUUUGCUGACUGUGACUGCACUGCUGCUCUUGUCCCAGCUCACUCCAGGUGGCACCCAAAAAUGCUGGAAUCUUCUUGGCAAAUGCCGCCACACAUGCUUCAAAAAGGAAAGGAUCUAUGUUUACUGCACAAAUAGUAAACCGUGCUGUGUGAAGCCCAAGUAUCACCCAAAACAACAUCCCUGGUUAUUUUGAGUUCUCUGAAGCCUAAAGCCAUAAAAAUACAGAUGAAGCUAUCCUGAGUCUGAACCCCAAAGAUUCCUGAAUUCUAUCAAUAAACACCUCUGGCUGAUUCCUGUGUUAGCCUGUCACUCCACCUUGCCCCUAGCCUACAUCACAAUACCUGUUACUAUUUCAAACAAAAGAAGUUCAAAGUUUUCAUGCAGAAAAUUAGAAGCCCUUAUAGAAAGCCUAAAUUAAUAGAGAGAUAUACCAUGUUCAUGAAUUAGAAGACUCAAUAUCUUAGAGAUGUCAAUUCUAUACCAAUUGUU